UUCUGCUUCGUGAGUGGCUGAAGCCGACCGAGUGGGUUGACAAAUAACAAACGCGGCCAUUACAGAAAUUGAACAGGCCUGUCUCCACCCAGCCCAGCAAAUCAGCUGCCAGCCUGCCAGGGCUGUAUCACCUGCCUCCCGCAGCAGCACCCGCUGCGCUGUGCUGAGCUGCCCCAUGCCCCAGGACCUGGCAUGCUCACCAUGCUCCUCAUGAGUCUGGGCCUGCUCUCGGUGGUGGUGCCCUGGCACGCGGGCUCUGUGUCCUUUCCCAAUGGAGCUGCUCGCACUGAGUGCCGGGGCCGUUACUUCUGGAUCUGGCUGGACAAGGCGUUCGUGGGGCAGAGCCGCUGGCACUAUGGGGUCUACACCGAGUCAGGGCAGUACAUCGAGGUGACACGGCAGCUGGCUUCGCAGUGCGGAUUCAUGGCAGGCACUGACCUCCGUGGGAACCCCCAGAUCCGCAUCUCCUUCCUGGCUUGUUCCGUCCGCAACACGUUUGACCAGGAUUUCAGCCUGCAGCUGCGGGUGGAGGUGACAGGCGCUGUGGGGCCCAGCAUUCCCUAUGACAUGACCAUCCGCUGCCCCCUGGGAGCCCCCUGGAGCCCCCGGGAGAUUGUCUGCGAGGAGAACUACAUGGAGGUGUCGGUCCGGCGGGCUGUGCCCGGCAUCGCCAGGGAAGUGCUGAAUGAGGACUGGAUCGCUGCCUGGCCGGUGGCCCAGGGGGCGCUGAACCAGGUGUGGCAGGUUGUCUUCCACUUCCAGAACGGCUCCCUGCUCAGCAUGCCCGCCACGCAGGCCCACAGCCUGGGCUACGGGGUCAACACCACGGCCACCCGCGUCCUCUUCCGGGCACCCUAUGGCACAGCCCAGAGCGAGAUCACCUCAGUGGAGGGGCUGGAGGUGGAAGUGGCCAGGGUGACAGUGUUCUACAAACAGGCCUGGAUGAUCCUCAUGGUGGACACAGCUGUGGCCUGCCCUGUCAAUUCCCCAGUGGUCAAUGCUACAAGCCUGAGCUGGGUGACGCCGCGGAUCCUGCCAUCCCUGGUGCUGUGGCCAGAGCAGUACCAAGACGAGGUUCAGAUGGGCCUGGAUGGUCGUGUGAUUGACGCGGGCACUGUUGCACGCAAUGGCUACACCUUCCUGACAGACUCCAGGCUCAUCCGCAUCGUGGUGCCCAUCGGUGCCCCCGGGGGGCUGCUGCAGAGCGCCCUGGUGGGUAAUCGCUAUGGCACCAGGUACAGCAUCCACCUGCUGCUGGACCGGCACUGGCAAGGGGAUGAAAGUGACCGGACCCGUCACCGCAGCUACCGUCCCAUCCGCACCCCCUUCUCCCCACAGAUGCCCCAGAUCAUCGACGACACCGUGGCAGCGCAGGGCUACUUCAAGGUGCGCCUGGGGCACUUCCUGCCCGACGUGGAGCUGGUCUCUGUCUCGGUGGGCGGACAUCCCUUCAGCCGCCCUGAGGCUGAGGAUCGUGGCUUUGAGCCCCAUGAGGUCCCCAACCCCGACGAUACCAGGGCCUUUGGGCUGAGGGUGCCAUUUGCUGACCCCCUGGUGCAGCAGCAGAGUUGGCUAAAAGCAUAUGGCUAUUUGCUUCCCUCUGAAAGCCGAAUGUCUGCCCUGCACUCCGGAAAAGCUAUGCAGUCUGCAGUUGCCACUAUGCAACAAUUUUAUGGGAUCCCAGUAACAGGAGUGUUGGAUCAGACGACUAUUGAAUGGAUGAAGAAGCCUCGAUGUGGGGUUCCUGAUCAUCCCCAUAUAAGCCAUAGCCGAAGGAAUAAGCGAUAUGCGUUAACUGGACAAAAAUGGAGGCAGAAACAUAUAACAUACAGUGUACACAACCACACCCCCAAGGUUGGAGAGCUUGAUACAAGGAGAGCCAUUCGUCAGGCAUUUGAUGUUUGGCAGAGAGUGACGCCACUAACCUUUGAAGAGGUUCCUUAUCAUGAAGUUAAAAGUGACAGGAAGGAAGCAGAUAUUAUGAUAUUUUUUGCUUCUGGUUUCCAUGGAGACAGUUCUCCAUUUGACGGAGAAGGUGGAUUCCUAGCCCAUGCUUAUUUUCCUGGACCAGGAAUUGGAGGAGAUACUCACUUCGAUUCAGAUGAGCCAUGGACUUUGGGAAAUUCUAAUCAUGAUGGGAAUGAUCUCUUUCUGGUUGCCGUCCAUGAACUGGGUCACGCUCUGGGCCUAGAACACUCCAAUGACCCCAGUGCUAUCAUGGCUCCUUUCUACCAGUACAUGGAAACACACAACUUUAAACUCCCACAGGAUGAUCUCCAAGGAAUUCAGAAAAUCUACGGUCCACCUGCUGAGCCACUGGAGCCCACCAGACCUUUACCAACUCUUCCUGUGCGCAGGAUUCAUUCCCCUUCGGAAAGGAAACACGAAAGACAGCCAAGACCCCCCAGGCCACCUUUAGGUGAUAGGCCAUCAACUCCAGGCAUGAAACCCAACAUCUGUGAUGGCAACUUUAACACUGUGGCUCUGUUUAGAGGAGAAAUGUUUGUUUUCAAGGAUCGUUGGUUUUGGCGUCUGCGCAACAACCGAGUGCAGGAGGGGUAUCCCAUGCAGAUUGAACAAUUCUGGAAAGGCCUCCCUGCAAAGAUUGAUGCUGCCUAUGAGAGAUCUGAUGGGAAAUUCAUUUUCUUUAAAGGAGAUAAAUACUGGGUUUUCAAGGAAGUGACAGCAGAGCCAGGGUACCCGCACGGCCUGGUGGAGCUGGGAAGCUGUCUUCCCCGGGAAGGCAUCGACACAGCUUUGCGAUGGGAGCCAGUAGGCAAAACCUAUUUCUUCAAAGGAGACAAGUACUGGCGCUAUAAUGAGGACAAGAGAGCGACUGACCCAGGAUACCCAAAGCCCAUCACUGUGUGGAGGGGAAUCCCACAGGCCCCACAAGGAGCUUUCAUCAGCAAAGAAGGCUUUUAUACCUACUUCUAUAAAGGGAAGGAGUAUUGGAAGUUCGAUAACCAGAGGCUGAGUGUGGAGCCAGGCUACCCUAGGUCAAUCCUCAAAGACUGGAUGGGCUGCAACCAAAAGGAAGUUGAACAAAGCAAAGAGAGACGCUUCCCUCACGAUGAUGUGGAUAUUAUGGUGACAAUCAAUGAUGUGCCUAGCACUGUAAAUGCAAUUGCAGUAGUUAUCCCUUGCAUCUUAUCUCUGUGUAUCCUUGUCUUGGUAUAUACCAUCUUCCAGUUUAAAAACAAAGAAGUGCAGCAAAACGUUACCUAUUACAAACGACCUGUCCAGGAAUGGGUAUGACACAUUCACUUGCACAUUUCAGCUCAGAGCUGCUCAAAUGAGUUCCGAAGUCCAUCAAACAAAACUGUUCAAGUGACUUAUUAUGAGUCGUGGGAGUUCUGGGACUGAAAGAAGCAGGAAAUACAGAGGUGGCCUUGCAGAGUGGAGCCUCUUUCCUUCUUACUGCCUCAGUCAUGUGUCUGUCUUGCUGUGCCAUUCUCCACAGGUCCCCUUGUGUGUGUCAGAGACUGCAAGAGGAAUUUCCUUGAAAUGUUUUUCAGCUGACUUGGGAAACCUUCUUCAGUGCCCUGCCCCAGUGGUCUCUGUUAAACCCAGCAUUCUCCAGUGUAGCUAACCACCUCUAAAUGGACCAGGUUUUUUACAGUUGUCUCAUAAAUGAAUUAAGAUAAUUCAAUCUAUGAAACAGGAGCAAUUCAGUAUCUUAAGGAGAAGACAUGCUGAUGCUGAAUCAUUCUAAAAAAAUCUUCUUAGUUUAUUACAAGAACCAGGGAAUUACCUGGAUGCAAUUUUCCAAUACCUGCUGGUCAGAUGUUUUGUACAUUCAUAAUAAUUGAUGCCAUCACUCAGCACAGUUCACAAGGAGGAGGUAAUUCUGUGUAGGCCAGGAGUUCAAGGAACUCUUAACCAGAUAUAGUAAUAGCAACUCCUCGGUUGAGUUAGUCCACAAGACAAAGACCAAAACACUCCCUACUGUUAACACAGCCCUAAAUGCUUUUGUUUUAGGAAC